AGGUGACAGACAUAACGUUGUAUAUAUAAGUCACAGACUUUACUGGAUCAGUCUAACAAAGCAAAAUGUUCAAGUUGGUUUUUCUUGCGAUCUUCCUGGGCUAUGCCCACAGCUGUGGCGUUCCCACAUACCAGCCCAUUCUGUCCAGAGUGGUUGGAGGACAUGAUGUGAGGGCAAACAGUUGGCCAUGGCAGAUCUCACUGCAGUAUCAGGGAACCAGUGCUUGGGGACACACCUGCGGAGGAACUCUCAUUGCUUCCAACUGGGUCCUGACAGCUGCUCACUGUAUCAGCUCCAGCCGUACCUACAGAGUGGUCCUGGGGAAAAACAGUCUGCAGACUGAAGAGGAAGGAUCUGUUAUUAUCUCUCCUGAAACAAUUAUUGUACAUGAAAGCUGGAAUUCCUUCCUCAUUGUCAAUGACAUUGCAUUGAUCAAACUGUCACAGCCUGUGGUCUUUAGUGACAAAAUCCAAGCUGCCUGUCUGCCCGCUGAUGGAGAAUUGCUUGCCAACAACUACCCUUGCUAUGUGACCGGAUGGGGACGUCUAUACACCAACGGACCUAUUGCUGACAACUUGCAGCAAGCUCUUCUCCCAGUGGUCGAUCACGCAACUUGCUCUCAGCGCGACUGGUGGGGAACCCAAGUUAAGGCAACCAUGGUUUGCGCUGGUGGUGACGGAAUUGUUUCUGGCUGCAACGGAGAUUCUGGUGGCCCUCUGAACUGCCAGGCAAGUGAUGGAAGUUGGUCAGUACAUGGAGUUGUUAGUUUCGGAUCUGGAUUGAGGUGUAAUUAUGCCAAGAAGCCUACAGUGUUCACCCGCGUCUCUGCUUACAUUGACUGGAUCAACCAGAAAAUUGCAAGCAAUUAAGGAGCAACUUGGAUUUCAUUCUGUCCCUCUCCUUAUCGUUAUUACUAUGGGAAGAAAAAACAUAUCAACUUUGCUUAGCAACUUGUAUAACUGGGGAGUUUUCUAUCAAUAAAAAUGAAUUAGCAGAAAAAUA